CGGCCUUAUAUAUUCAUUGCCGUAGGAUACCAUUUUUCCUGUUCCAAUUCAACCGAAGCGCAGUUCGGAUCUAAGCUUUACUGCUUCUCCUGAAACCGCAGUCCUUUUACUUUAAUUAUGUCUAAGCCGAGAGUUUACUUCGAUCUCAGCGCGGGCAACACCCCACUCGGCAGGGUUGUCAUGGAACUGAGGUCCGAUGUCGUCCCAAAAACUGCAGAGAACUUCCGUGCCCUGUGCACCGGGGAAAAGGGCUUCGGCUACAAAGGGUCCAGUUUCCACCGCGUCAUUCCCGGUUUCAUGUGCCAGGGUGGGGACUUCACAAACCACAACGGAACUGGGGGCAAGUCCAUCUACGGCCCCAAGUUUGCCGAUGAGAACUUCACCCUGAAGCACGGUGGGGCUGGCACCCUCUCUAUGGCCAACGCUGGUCCCAACACAAACGGCUCGCAGUUCUUCAUCUGUACAGCCGAAACCACCUGGCUGGAUGGAAAGCACGUCGUCUUCGGCAGCGUGGUGGAGGGUUUAGACAUCGUGAAGAAAGUGGAGUCCUACGGCUCCAACAGCGGCAAGACCACCUCCAAGAUCGUGGUCACUGACAGCGGCGAGCUGUGAACAGGCACGUCCAUCCCUCACCUCCCAGGUCCUCUACAUUCCUCACGAUGGAGAUUUGUCGCCCCCCCCCCCCCCCUUCCCUCAUCUGUCCCUCCUUAAUUUGGUCAUGUCCUUGUCUUAACUCGCUGCAUUUGUGGCUUGCCUUCUGAGGUUUUUUUUUUUGUUUCGCAUUUUUAGAAGUCCUGCGGGACUUCAGAUUUGUUUUUUCAAAAAUCCAAAAUAAAGGGGAACAAAUGAC